ACGAAAAAUAUGUCCUUAUUUAACGUUUGUAAUUGGUGGACUGCUCAAUGUCCAGAUUUGGAUGAAAACUAUGAUGUGGCAAGUUUAUUAUGUGCUCGAUUUGGUUUGGAAGAUCAGGAAAAGGAUUACAUUGUGGUCGGUUCGCAUACGGGUCAGCUAAGUAUUUUCUAUCCCAGCUAUGAACAGGAUGCCAAUGGUAAUUGUCCGGGAUAUAAGCCAACCGAUUUACUAUUGGAAAUACAAGGACAGCUGCCAAUAUUGGGAGUAUAUGCCGGGCGUUUUAGUGCUAACAAUCGCAAAGAAAAUGCCAAUCAAUUGGCCCUGCUACACCCCAAUUCGUUGGCUAUCUAUAAUAUUGUACAUGUGGGUGGUGUGGCCGAACAUGGCGCCCAAUUGAGCUUGAAACAAAUAAGUGAAUAUCGUUUUCAACGCACCGCAUUCUCAUUUUGUAAGGGACAUUUUGGUAAAGUCAAGGGACGGGAAUUUUUCUGUGUCGUCCAUUUGGAUGGUUCGCUGACAUUUUUCGAACAGGAUGGCAUAUCAUACGAAUGUAAAUUCCCUGGUCAUCGUGCUCUACCCACACCGGUGGUAUAUUGUGAACGAACGGAUUCAUUUUUUCGUUUGGCCUCGGCUUGGAAUUUGGAAUGUUACACCUAUCAGGACCUCUCUCAUUCCUCCAUAAACAAAUCCCAUUAUCAACCAAUAUGGUCGGUUUGUUUGGGUGAGGGUAUAUUGGAUAUGAAUGUGGUGCAGGUGAAAUCCGAUUAUGCCUCACUCAUGAUAUUGGGCGAACAUAAUUUCAUUUGUCUCACCGAUACCGGAAAGAUAGAGUUCAUCUUGAAAUUGGAUUAUGCUCCAAAGUGUUUCCACUCCUUUGUAGUCGGAUACUAUUGGGAACCCACCGCCCGCCUAAUAACCAUCAUCGUUUCGGAAACCUCCAAAGUUUUCAUUUAUGAAAUGGCCAACAUUAUAUGGGCCGCACAAUUUAAACAUGAAUCGCCAGUGGCCAUCCAACGAUCGAAUAUUAUGAAUUUACCAGGAGGCAUUGUUACUUUGAGCCCAACGGGAAAAUUACGUAUUGGCUAUUUGGGCUCAGAUCCCUACAUCUUUCAAGUGCCACCCUUAAAUAUGCAAGAGUUAACAUUUCAACAGGCCCACGAUGAAUUUAUUCAAUUGGAACAGGAAAUCAAAGAAGCCACCGAUAUACAGGAUAUGAAGGCGAUCAAUGAAAAAGCUUAUGCCGAUGUCCAUAUCGAAUUCGCCAUAGAGCAGAAUACCAAUGACGAUGCCGAUACCAUGCUGUUGGAUAUACCGGCACAUGUCACCCUGAAAGAUUUACCCGUUUGUUCGGGUAAAUUAAAAUGGCAUGCCAAAUGUGAUCUCUCCGAAUUACAGGUGGUUUUUAAUUUACCCGAUGGCAUAAAAUGUUCUCAGGAUACCUUGACCUAUACGGAUAUUAAAGCGGAUACCAGGGAAAUAAUGGAAUUAGAUUUUUAUACUUGUGAUUUAUUGCACAUACCCAGUGCUAAGGUGGAAGCUAUUGUUUCAUUUAUUUCCACAAAGGGUAUACCGCGGGUUAUACAAAAGACCUCGUUUUUGCCAUUGAAUAUGUUUUUCAAAGCACGACAACCACAAAAAGCGGCCGCCAUUAAAUUAACAUUCAAUGUAAAUGCUGGAGAAGAAUCGGUGAAAUUGACCAACUAUUUUACGGAAUUUGUUAGCUGGGAAUCGGAUAUACAGGCAUUGGGAUUGGUGUUGUUGACCACGGCCGAUGAAAGUCAGGAGGAAAUUAUUACCAUUGUUGCUGCUAAAAAUUCAAAUCGUAUAAGAAUCCAAUCCGAUUAUUUGGAAACAUUCCCCUUAAUUAUGGAACGCCUAAUGGAAAAAUCAUUGGAAAUGCAGAAUUCCAAAGAAUCAAAUGAAAAAUCUCAAAAGCUAGGAAAUAUUCUUCAAGCCACACCCUUCAUACCAGCCCAACCGAUUCUCCAUAGGAUUGAUGUCCAUCAUGAGACCCAAGAGAAUAUUAGAAAGCAGACGUUGGAAUUGGAUGAGUUAUGGCAAAAAUUCAAGGACCUUCAGCGCAAAUUACAAGAGAAAUCUGAUGAUGAGCCCAAGGAGUCAUUGGUAAUGCAAAUUGAAGAAAACUACGAUCACCUAAUCGCUGAAGGUGAUAAGCUAAUGGAAAUGCGUAAAGAUGAAUUAAGACAACGCUGUGAUUUAUCCUGUGCCUUGGUAGUUGCGAAAAUCAUUAUUUCCUGUCUCAAUCUGGAGGAGAAAAUUGUGAAAGUUGUCAGCUCUGUGCUUACCACACCCACCGAAGAUUGGACUGAAUUGAGCUGGGAAGAAUCAAUGGCAGCCGGUAUUGAUAUGCUACAUCAUUAUGGUCCCUUAAAUCGCUCGAAAAAUUCCAACACUCAAAAUAACAUGAUCGAUGCCACCGCCAGCCAGGACACUUUCGAUUAUACACGUUUUCGUAAACAUUUUGCCACAUUCUUUGAUCGUAUCGUACGUUUGGCAUCGAAUGACGCCAAACAAUUGGCCGGCAGCAGCAGUAUAAUGGAAGUGAAAACAGAAUCUCAACCAGUAGCACAGAAAGUUGAAAUUGAAAAUAAACCCGAUCUUACUAUGGAAACAUGGCAUGAUAUACUGAAUGUUAAACCUAUGCAAUCGACCACGGGUGCAGUGAAACGUUUGAAACCCUUUCAGAAAUCCACAACUCUGGAAGCUGUUGAAGAUGAUGAGGAGGAUGCCGAUGAUGAUGAUGCUGAAGAUUUACGUAAAAUGGGUUACAAAAAGGAAUAUGGUUGUAAAGAGAAACGGGAUGACAAUGAAUCGGAAUGGUUAAAUGAAGAUUUUAAGUUACCCUCGUCGGAGGAGUUGUUUAGUGAUUUGGGUAUAUGGUGGUAA